CGCGGAAGAAGGAGCGCAUUCCACGUCACUCGAUGUGGAUUUGCGAGAGCUAGCUAGGGAUCUAACAUGAGAUUUGACUCUUAGACACUAAAAUGCGCUGGUUGUGAUGCCACGAUCGUUUCGGCUUCACGGCGAACGGAACAGCAGCGGGUGAUUGGAGAAAUCAGCUGAAGGUACGAGAGUGUCUGUUUUGGUGCUCCAUCUUAAUGGGCGAAUCAGGGACACGUCGCUCCACCCUGGUCUCCAGGCUUCCCAUCUUCAGGCGCAAUGCGAGCAAGAGACAGGACUCGCUCCCUUCCUCGCCUUCCUCCGGUGGGGUGGGCAAUGGCGUCCACACCUCCUCUCCCUCCAGCACCAACUCCAGCUCCAGCAGCACAGGCAAACGGCGCAGCAUUUUCCGCACGCCGUCCCUCAGCUUCCACAGCAAGAGGAACAGUGACCCCAUCCAGCUCAAUUUGGACAAUCGGCCCGAAACGGCCCUUCGAGAUGGGGGCAAUCAAAAGUUGCGACACUCGUUCGGAUUUGGCAGGCACAAGAAGAAGAUCGCACGGUCUCAGACGGAAGACCUCGAGAAAGUCAACCGAAGCAUGUUUAUAAACUGCAUCAGCUCAGGAACGAACGAAGGAGAUGAUUCGGGUUUCCAUGAUGAUGUGAGCAGCAAGAGGUCUUCCAAACAUAAGAAGCAGCUGCUGCCCAAGUCCCUCUCAGCUCACCAACGGUUUUCCAAAAACUCACCCAGUGUCACCGAACAAGGUAACGGUCAAGAUGGUGUAGAGGAGCUGCCUAAAACAGUAACACCGGGUUCCUGGCCUGGCGAAUUGGUUGAGAGUUCUCUGCAGUCGCCUAUCAUUUCUGAAGACCGUACCACAGCGAUCACACCUUCUGAUUUUGUUCACGUCACCGAAGAUUCUGUGUCCGAGGUGGACGCGUUGCCUGCCCCCAGCCCGGCUGCUCCACCGGAAAUCUUAAGCCAGGCUGUUGCUACCUCACCGGUGUCCUUCACGCCAGCACAGGACACCACAGAUAAGCCCAUACUGCCAGAUACCAGCUACACAGCCAACACACUGUGCGAGAGCACCACUGCCCAUACAGAACCAGUAACGCUGCAGACUGUGCAAGAGAUAAACCCUAACACUAACCUGAACUCAGACCCGAACCCGGAUCAGUCAGAAACAAGUGAGAAUAAACAAGCUUCAGAACUGAGCGAGGACAGCAGCUCCAAUCCGGUGGGGCGUGAGAGGCGGUCCAGGAAUGCUGUUCUUAUUCAGAAAGCUGGAAGAUUAUCCUUCCAAAGCAAACUUGAGACCAGGCCAAGCCACCUGAGAAAGCCACACACAGUGUCCAUGUGCUGCAGCGUGAGCCCCUAUCACGAGGUGAUGCGUAUGGAGAGACGUCUGCGGUCGGCCUCUGAGGGGGCUGGAGGUCCCAGACUUCAUCUUAGCCUCAGGGACCCCUGCAUGGAGCCCAACAUAUUAUCUAAACAGAGAACCAGCUCCUCAUCUUCCAAACUGGGUAGCCUGGAUUUUUUAAAUAAUCUUGGCUCUUCCGAACUGGAUGAGGAUGACCUGAUGCUGGAUCUCGACCUUUCCGAUGACCAGCGACCUCACCAUGCCUCGCGGGAGGACUCCAGUCUAUCCCUCGCAUCGUGUCUGAACCUGCUGCCCUCACCACUGGAGGCCCCCAUGGAGCGGACCCCAGGAACGGAGCCCAGGGAGCCCCCCCAUAGAGAGCAGCGGCCGAUGUCACUCUGCCUGUCCCGUGACGACGAGUUGGCCGGGCUGGAAGCAUUGGCCGGGCUGGAAGCGUUGCCGUUCAGACUGAUGCAGCAGGACUGCACAGCCAUGAAGACUCUGCUUCUGCGUCUGCGCAGGACCCUGCAGGAGAGCACCGAGAUCAGUCCUGCAAGCAGCCUUCACUCUUUACCCAUAAGCCCUUGCAGUGAGAUAUCGCUCCCCUUAAAGGAUCAUGGCAGAGAAGAGAAUCUGUUCCUGCAACAAAUGUUGAAGGAAAAAGACGAACUCAUUCUCCGACUACAGGCAGAGCUGGAAAGUGUCCACGCUGCUCAGAAAUCUCUUUGCCAAAAAGCUGACAAAACCACUCAGACAGAGCUUUUAGUCUCAGAGGCAGUUCAUCCAAGUCGACCAACCGGCCAAAACAACAGCAGCAGCCUCACAAGGGAGCGACGGCCAGCACGGGCGCUCACUGCAGACCAGCACGGGCGACCCGUGGCGGAACGGGCGACUGCUUGUGAGGACCGGGCCUGCGCCACUUCAUUGGUGAGCCAAGUUGGGGGAGGGUUGCGGGAACCAGGCCAGAGAGCUGUUGAAGGUGGGCAGACAUCAUCUGAGGUCCCCGCGACCCGGAAGACGGAUCACCCUGGGCCGUCUCAGAUCCCUCGGGUGUUUGCAGGAAGCAUCACCAGUCUGCCCGGCAAGGCCAGUCCUUCACGCAGCUUGUCUUCAGACAGGGAGAGGGGACCUCGCAGUGAGCGGGGGCCUCUGCCCAGGCUUCAAACCUCCUUUACUGGCCGUCUGGGACAGCCGCCCCGUGGUCCACUGUCUUUACAUAUGUACAGCCGAAAAAAUGUCUUCCUCCAGCACUCUCUGCAUACAGCUGAACUGCAAGCUCUUGCUCAGCAGGAUGGCUGAGACAACACAUACACACAUUGACACAAGCCUCAGACGGAUACAAACUCCACACACUCCACUUUGGUGCAGUUUCUCAGCGAUGUGACCACGAGUACCUUCAGAACCACGUGUACUCAGUUAUCCUGCACAGUAACUUAUACUGUUUUUCCUCUUAAAUCUCAGCUAGAUUUUAACUGUACAUUAGGACUCUAGCUAUUCAUUUAUACUUUGUCAAAACCAAUCCGUCUUCUGCACUACUUUUUUAAACAGGACACGCUGCUCUACUGUAUUAAAUACUUUGGAUAGACUUUUUCACUCGAAAAAGUGAAAAAGUCGGUUUGGCGGUUAGUAAUGGAACUCUAAUGUUGCAGCUCAAAGGACAGCUAGUCAAAAAAUAAGAGACCACUCCAAAACUAUUUUGAGGUUUUCAAAAUGUACUUCUUAUAGGUGCGUGUUGAAGUAAAAUAAUCAUUUUUUGUUCUGUUCUGUGAACUAGUGACAACAUUUCUCCAAAAUUACAAAUACAAAUAUUGUUCUUUAUUCAAAGGAAAUGGAAACAAAUGGGUCCAAAUAACAAAAAAAGUUGGACUGUAAUUGGUCAUUGCUUCCUUUUUCUACUGCUGUUAUUGUUAAAAUGAUACUCAAUUACGGUCAAAACAUGAACACUACCAAAAAAUUAUGAAAUGACAAGAGGGUGAGUAAGUGAUGACAGAAUUUUCAUUUUGGGUGAACUAUCCCUUUAAGACUCCUUUAAACCUCCAUGUGGUAACACAUGAAAUACUAAGUAUUAAGCCACCACAAUAACAAUAGCUUUCAUCUUUUUGUGACGGGUAUGAUCGACAGAGACCGGUUCAUGUCAGCGUGACAAAAGUUAAUUUUGGACCAUGUAUAAACGCCUAAUUGACUUUCAAAACAGUUUCAAAACCAUUUAACAUUUACAAGUCUUAACCCAGACUCACAAUCACAAACUGUCUUUUUAGAUUAAGCCUAAUCAGUUGUAAUGUUUGUAAUUGCGGGUCACAUAACCAGCCCAGCAAGAUGUGUUGCACCAGUAAACACAACUCCAGUAAACAAGACCCCUGCAUAUAUUGCCAAACAGUUCUCGGUGGAAGAGAGCGCUUCAAACAUCUUGCUGCUGGUGAGAAUUACCCUCGUGUUGUCAGACCCCUUUUAUGGAAUUUAACACUCAUUAGCCUUUUCUAAUUGCAAGCUGCUUUUUUCCCGUUUCCUUUGGCUGCGAACAGAAAUGGAAGUAGAGAAUUCUUUUGUACAGUGAUUUUAAGCUAAAACUGAUUUGACAGCCCUUGUGGAGAGAUUCAAUGAUAAAGCCUUAAGUAAUAAACACUGCUGCCUUCGCCGGACAGUAGAUCAUUAGACGGAUUUCCAAGGCAGCUGGGUCUGAAGAAAGAGAUUGUUCUACUUUUCUGUAAAGCCUCUUGUAGAGAAAUUCACUAUAUUGAAGGUGCUGUAGAUGAUGUCGGACAAUUCUGUUAUCAUUCACCCUCAUGCGGUUAAAACCUGUUUAUAUUGCUUUCUUUAGAGGAACCUGAAAUAAGAUACUUUGAGAAAUGCCUCAUUGGUUUGUUUCUAUACAAUGCAAGUCGAUGGGGUCCAUUGUUGUUCGGUUGACCAACAUUGUUCAAAAUAUCUUCUUCUGUGUUCUGCAGAAGUAAGGAAGACAUACAGGUCGGACAUGGCAUUAGGGUGAAUGAAUUGGCAGAACUGUCCCUUUAACUUAACUUAAAUUAAUGUGGUUUUUCUUUGUGAAUGUGCAAAAUGAUUGACAUGCAGCAUUCUGAUUGGCAAAACAACAAAUCUGUUGAAACUUAAAGGAACCACAUAUGCCUAUCAUUGUGAUACUAAAUAUCAGUCAACCUGAGUGCCAUUCCUUAAAAAUCCCUAACAGCACCUUUAAUCCAUUUAUUUUUGAAAAACUCCCAUUUACAUAUAGAUAAGUCUUUGAUUUCAGUUUAAUACAAUAGACUUGAUAAUGAACAUAACUAAAUGUGUUAAUAUCUCCAAUACUGUAGAUUUAAAGCUGCCAUACGCAUCAUUAUUAGUGCACUCUAAGGAUGAAUUGUGGAAAGAACUAAUGGCCUCAUUUACGCAGCGUUGGGAUAAUAUGAUGUAAUGUUGGGACGGUGUUGACCCGGCUUUACGGAUCAAGCGCUACAGCAAGGACACGUGGAGGAGAAGGAAACCCUAAAGAAACCAAGUGCCAUCCAUCCAGCAGGUCUGCUCCCUGAGGUCCACUGCUCCAAUUCCAGCGAUCCGCUGGGAACGCCAUCGCUUUCUAUCCCAAUCCCUCUCUCUCUCUCAGACCUACUUCCAGCAUUAUGUGCGAUCAGGCCCGGUGAGAGAAAAGCUUUGGCUCCGUCACACUAUUACUCCUAUGAUAUCGCAAUCCCCUGACCGGAACGUGUUUGUCUUGUGUGAUUUCGGAAUGACCUCACGAGGGCAGAUGCUGCUGGAAGUCAGUCUGUGUUUGAGCUCUUAGCAAUACUGUUUAAAUUCUAUGUGGGACUGUUGGAUGUUAAGCCAGCGGUACGAGAGAAAGGACUGAUCCUCAUUUUAUGCUAAGCCUGCACAUGGGUUUUAAAUGCAUGGCAUGACUUUAAAGAAUGGACGUUUAUGGGUUCGAAUAUAAGAGAUUGUGUGGAGAAGGCAAGCGAGAGGAAGAACUCGUGGAUUUUUACACAUGUCUAGAUAUUUGAUAUUAUUUGAUAUCAAUACACAUUGAAUUGAUAUUUAUUUGGCCUUAUUUAUUAUGUAAAAUUGAAAAACGAAUAUCAACUCUUAUUUUGUGUGUUUGGGCUUUUCAACCUGUGUAUAAAAUGUGUCCUCAUUACAGAUUCUGGUAAUACAAUACAUCGAAAUCGUCAUUUUUAAAUGUUGACAUUUUUUGUUUAAGUAUUUACAGGGUUCACAUAACAAUGGCACUUUUAAGAGAUUUCAACUGUAAUAAGAUUUUAAAUAUUGUUUUUAUGUCCUUCUCUCUCUCUGGUGGUUAACAAUAAUUUUCACUCUGUAAUAUAUUCAAUCUCAUUAAA